AUGGACAUCCAGACCGGUCAGGUGGUGCGUCCUCUCAGCGACAUGGAGACUCUGGAGCAGCAGCUCAGUUGUCCGAUCUGCCUGGAGAUGUUCACCAAACCCGUGGUCAUCCUGCCCUGCCAGCACAACCUGUGCCGCGGCUGCGCCAACGACCUCUACGACUCCAAGAACCCCUACCACUUCGGGGGAACCUUCCGCUGCCCCACCUGCCGCUUCGAGGUGGUGCUGGACCGCCACGGCGUGUUCGGGCUGCAGAGGAACCUGCUGGUGGAGAACAUCAUCGACAUGUACAAGCAGCAGCAGGAGAGCAAAGGGGGCAACGUCGAGGAGCCGCCGCUGAAGGACAAAGACGCCAAGGAGCCACGGUGCACCGAGCACGAGGACGAGCGCAUCAACAUCUACUGCGUCAGCUGCCAGACCCCCACCUGCUCCAUGUGCAAGGUGUUCGGCCAGCACAAGGACUGCGAGGUGUCGCCGCUGCAGGCCGUCUACCAGAGCCAGAAGGGCGAGCUGCGCGGCGCCGUGGAGCAGCUGGUCGCCGGCAACGGACGCCUGCAGGCCGUCACGACGCAGCUGGACGACACAUGCAAGCUGGUCCAGGAGAACGGCGAGCUGCAGAAGAGGCGGCUCGGCGAGAGCUUCGACCUGCUCUUCGCCAUCCUGGAGGAGCGUAAGGGUCAGCUGCUGGAGCAGAUCAGCCGGGAGGAGCAGAGCAAAGUGGCGGUGCUCCGGAGCCUGAUGGAGCAGCACCAGCAGCAGCUGCAGCUCAGCGGACGGCUGCAGGAGAAGCUGACGGAGAACCUGAGGACCUCCGGCGCCGCAGAGUUCCUGCUCACUGCCAAGCAGCUGCAGGAGGAGGCCCGGGAGGCCGCCAGGGGGGCCCAGCUACCGGGACCAGAACCGGACUACGAGAGCAUGGAGCACCUGAGCGUGGACACCGAGGAGGCGGAGCUACUGCUCGCUAGCAUGGACUUCAGGAAGGUGGGCGAGGAAGACCAGUAA